CAGGAAUGAAGCAUUCCUUAUUGUUCAUCGUAACACAGCGUUCUUUAUAAUAUACGUACCAAAUACGAUAUAAAAUGGAUUAAGAAAAUAAUGCUUAUGAUAAAUAUAGCCUGAAUAAUCCAAACCACUUUGGAGUAUAGUGAUUGCUUAUGAGAGACUUACGAACACGCAAAUUAUGUCGAAGCUAAAAGUACUGUUUGCAAUGUCAUCAAUAAUGCUUAUUUUAUUGGUAUAUGGUAUCUAUCAUUUGACAGAGAGUGACAUCAUGCCUAAGUUGUCAAUAUACAAGGAUAAAUUCCGCCAUAUCUUGGACAAUGAUGGGGUCAAUCGGGAACGAACGACAACUCCCUUAAAGGAAGUAGCUAAGACAUUACUACCAUCAGACAGUGCACGGAAAAAUCGCAAGCAUUUGUUGUUCAGUCAUUUUCCCAAAGCAGGUGGAUCGGAAAUUAAGUAUAUACUAGGUAUGGUAGUUGGAGGAAGAAAAAAUAUAUAUGGAGGGAAUGGAGGGAAUAAAGAUUAUUAUGUUAGGCGAUUUAAAGCUAACAGUAGUAUAUUUUUUAGAACUAAUUACUUUUAUCAAAAUGAAGGACAAUCAAUGGACCCGGAUCUGAAAUCUGCCUUUUUCGUCAUAGGGCAUGUACGUUCCCCGUGUAAUUAUCUACUUUCAUGCUGGACAUACGGCUCGAGCGGGAAAGGUGAUGUUUACAAAAUGACAAAGGACAAAAGUGUUUAUGGGAAGAUACCCCCAUUCAAUAAUACGGAUGACCUAGAGAGACUUACCAUGUGGUUACAAGACAAUAAAAAGAUAUAUACAAAUAGGCUUAUUUAUAAGUAUUUCAAAACGACCCAUUGGAAAACAGACCUAAGUUUGAAAAAUGUAGAUUGUUGGGUUCACACCGAAAUGUUAAUUUACGACUUGGUGAACUGUUUGAAACGGUAUGAAAAACAAGGGGGAAAUGUAAAAUGGGAAAACUUUCAUAAGAUAAAGAAGUUGAAAGCGAAUCCUAGUAAUCAUUCACAGUGUAAGAAUUACUUUGACGAUGAGAGAACGGCGCUGGUGAUGGAUUCCAAUAAAGAUAUGGCAAAGAUUUUCGGAUAUGAGAACUGUUGUACGGAAAGUAAUACAACGUUGCCUGCAGAUAUCGAAGAGCUCUGGAACGAAUCAUAAUUUGGCUACAUUCAGAAGAUUAGUAUACAUAGUUGAACAGAGCUUUCAUUUAUAUUAGGCUAAGUUCAGAAGAUAAUCAUAUUAUAUUGUGGAAAGGAGGUUUCAGGCCACCACCCCUCCCAAUAGUGUGAUUCUAAAAUGGCACCUUAAACCUAAUAUACUAGUAACAGAAUUCACCUCAUUAUUCCACAGCUGUUGAACUCUGUGAACUGUGGUACAUGAAGGGAACUUUGCAUACCAUAAGCUAAAAUCGAUGAAACAAUGAAAUAAACAUCACAUAUAUUUUCGUUAGUCUUCAAUAGAUGGAAAUAUGUAUUUGGCUAAUUGUUUCACACCACAUAUUGCUCUAUGCCCGCAUUCAUCGUUUAACUCUACAAUAGUCAGUUUAUUGUACAGAUUUAAUGUAACUUUACAAUAACAAUGUAAUGUACAUAUUUUUAAUAUUACAUAACUUAUGCAUACAUAUAUUCUGCAAAUUGGAAUCUGCUUAUUCU